UCAAAAUGGCGAUGAUGCUGCAGCAUAAAGCUGCAAAAUCAGUCGCACAACCGUCAUCUAAAUACUACACAGGGGACAAAAAUCCAGUUCUAAAUGCUUUUGAAGAAGAGUACAAACUGUUUAUACAGUUUAUGAAGAAGAGAGGUACACCUGGCCAUAAGAAAAAGGAUGAAGAGCCAUUUGCCAGAGGAUCCAACACGUUGUUCAACUUGUGGAACAACUAUGAAGCCAGACUACCUUCUACCUACUACCAGAAGAAAGUCAUCGAGAUGGGAGACUUUCUGGUUUCUAUGAAGGAAUACAACUUGGCUGUAUGGCAGUGUUAUGGACGCUACCUUGAUCAGUUUGGUGAUCUGCACAUUGAAGACAUUGUGGACAUCAAGACAGUGAAGGCGAUUUUCUUCCCAGAUGGUCUCGAGACAGACAAUGCAAGUUUGACGUUCCGAGCAUUGUAUGGAAAGAGCAUCUGUAACUACCAGCUGGUAUUGAUGACAGACCCCAAGCUUCAGAAUACCCAGUCUGUUGCCCAAUGCCUCAAGAUCCUAGCCUUCCUCAGGCUCAUCACACAGGUGAUCCUGCCAAGAGAAUCACUGUGCUGGUUGGUCUACAAUGGAACAAUUCAUAUCUAUAGUGUAUCAAGACAUAUGAUGACUCUGGGUCACUCUGCAGAGGUAUUGGAGUUUCUACUGUGGGCCUGUAUGUGCAUGGAAAACUCUGUACCCCUCAUGUCUGUGCGUUACCUACAAUGGAGAACUACUCUGUACACUGCUGUGUGUCAAAGCUACUUUGACUGCAAGGCUCAUCAACAAUCAGAGACUUUUGCAAGACGGGCCCUAGGAAAGGUGAAUGAAUUGAGUCAGCUAGAACGUAUCAGCUCUGCUCCACCUAGCGUUGAGAUUGAGGCAGUAUUCAGACAGGCAACAGUCAAGCUUGGCAUCAUGGUGUACAGACGUUCAGUGUUUGACCGCAAGCGACCUAAGGGACUACUGCGUCCAAAGACGAGAAGCAAUGUGAAGGACUCGCAGUCGCCUACUGAAGUACGCACCGUCACUCUAGUAGCCAGUGACGGACGCCUCAUCUGGCAUAAAACCACCAAACAACGACUUGAUGACCUUGUUAAGAAACAAGGAAAUAUCACGUGGCCUCGUACUCCUGUAGAGAAGUUACUAUCAGACAUGUUUGAAGGUAGUGCUGCUCAGUUCCUGGCCAUCCUAGAGACACUGACCGAUAGUACUCGCAGGACACUGCUGACCAGUCCAGCUGCUCCGGACACUGAGGAUUAUAUCUUGGAUACUUUCUCAGAGCUGUUUUUUGCUGGUAUGGAGAUCAUCUCAGGCGGAGGAGGAAACCAGCCUCGCAAUCCUCAGACAGUCAAUGAUAUCAACCUGUGUGGUGUAGUUUUGGACAAAUCCCUCAUAGAAAUGUCUUCGGCAGCGGAAGAUGGUAUCCCUAUCUCAGCUGUUGUCAAAUUCAUUAAGUCAGCCUACAACUAUGAACAAUGGGAGGUGUAUGAGAAUCUGGUCCACCCUACCAUUGAGUUUCUCAAGAAUCAACCAGACAAUCGGUAUACCCAUGAACUUCUCUCUGUGGAGAUCAUGCAAGCCAUGGAACCUCUCAAUCCAAACAGAAAAUCUAAGAAGUCCCAUACCCAGGUUGAGGAGAUUAACAAUGAAACUGCUUCUCUACCUCUCCCUUUGGCACCACCAGGUUCCAUAUCCUCUCAGGAUCACUGGGUGUAUCUAGCAGAAGUCCUUCAGGCUUGUGCCAAGGACCUCUCAGCUGAUUCUGUUGACUUGGAUAUGGUUGUCGAUGCUACCCUCUUCCUGUGGGGUAGAGUGAAGACUGUCUUCCAGCGAGUGCAGACAGGAGCGUCCGACAGUGGCAAGUACCUGCAGAGAAUGGACAAUCCUAAUAAGUGGGUGCAUAUUUUGAGUGUGCUCCAUGAGGUGGUGUAUUGGUGUGGUAUUGCUAAUGUGGAUCCAGGACUCACAGCUGAAGUUGGCAUCAGACUAGCUCUAGUCCUCGAGAGCCAGGCUACCACCGAGAUGAAAGAGACAGCCAAAGCCCGUUCUAUGGAUGAUCACCAGAGUGUCGAAGAAGAGCCGUCUCCAUCUCCAUUUUACAAAGAAUCGCCAUUCAGGAGUGAAGGUCGUACCACGGGGUUAGGUAGAGCCAGUGGUAUCACCAUGUAUGCUGCCUCUAUCCUUCAGCAGGGUCCACAGGAACAGCUCCUCCUUGCUAGAGAGAUCCUGGAGAGGGCCUUACAGGGUGUGUCCUUUGCCAGGUCAGCUGUGGCUCUGACCGAUGGAAAGUCCAUUGCUGAUGUAACCUGGGUCAAGGACUUGAACACGACUGCUCCACCCCCUGAUGACCAACCAGCUUCUCACACUGAUGAGACCCGGCCACCUCCGACCACUCCAGCUCCAGCUCCACCUCCAGCUCCAGAAGACGAGGAGGGCGCUGAUGGAGUCUUCAACACCAUCAUGGAUCUCCACCUUGAGCUGCUCUACAUGUACCACAGAGUCUGUCUGAAGCUGGCCCAGAUCCAGGGGUCAUGGAAGAAAGCCUCUAAGGGGUCGGCCAAAGCAUCGGUCAAAGGUUCAACCAAAGGCUCGGCCAAGAGUACUGCAGUGCCCAGCAGGAUUGGUAGCACCAGAAUUACCAGAGGGAAUGAACUGGACAGCAUGGCUAUAGAUACCGUAGAGGAGCUGCUGGAUUUCUGUGAUAAGAACCUCAUUUCUAAGGCACUCUUUGCAAUGCAGCAGGCAUUACAAGCUGAUAAGGGUGCUGGACCAAGUCAACAGCAGAAACAGCUUCUACAGGAUACCAUGAACUACAUCACCAAAGCCCAAGACCAGGAGCUGAAACUCUUCAACAACAAUGCGAAGGAGAAAGAAGAAGGUAGUGUACGGGAUUGUGGCGUUCCACCAGCACCAUUGCUCGUAUGUCGGACUGAUAACAGCAUGGUGUUUAAACCUGCUCCAUUCAACCCCCCUCAGAAGGUUGCAUGGUAUCGUCUAUUUGCCCGCAAGUCAAGUGGUAGCAAUGUUAAAGUCAGAUUGAAUGACUACAUUCUUCCUGGUACUGGUGAAGAGGUUCCUGCCUAUGACUGUGAGCUGCGUGUGACAGGGUUAAAGGUCAAUGAGCGUUAUGUGUUUGCUGUGGCGGCAUACACCGAUGAUGGUCAGCUGAUAGGGAAUGCUAUAGGAGAUACCAGUAGGCCUAUCCUAGCAUCGCAUCCUCUCCCUGUACUCAUGACAUGGGCAUUCCUAGGACAGGCUGCAUACCAGGUUGGAUGUUAUGAGAUUGGACUGAGAGCCAGUAGAGUUCUGUGGGAUCACUUUGUGGCUCCAAUCCCUCCACCGUCUGCAGAGAUUCAAACUGAGACAGCAAGAGAAGACUACAAGCUUACACUCAGAAAGUUGAAUCCAGAGAUAGCAAGUGUGGCCUCUCCCCUUCUGCUGAGGAUGUUUCUGAGUAGCAUCUUCAUCAACGUGGACAUCUCUAUGAGGGAUGGAAACAUCUACUGUAACAAGCUCUGCGACACCGGACCCUACUAUAAAGGACAGACCCAGAGACUUGAGAACUGUGAGCGGAUGCUUGUAGCCAUUGAGUUAGCUGGCUGGUUGAACGAGACUAACAUGGCUCUCCAAGCUGUUGUACAGUGCUAUGGGCUACUAGCCCCUGUCAUUCACUACAAGAUUCCAUCUAUCCCUGUGGUACAGGUGUUGACUCAGUGCUGUGCGGUGCUGCAGGAUAUCCCCAACAGCAUGAGACAGCGUCGGCAGCAGUCUGUUUCAGACAGCCUGCAUCACAUGGUUGCUACAAUCACUUUCUACAUGGCCAAGGUGCUGAGGACAUGGAAGCAGAGAUCUCUAGCCAAUCAUAUCAUUGAGAGCGGCAAGAAGAUGCUUGUUGUGGAGAAGGAUGAGGGUAAGGGUGGCAAGUCUGAAGGAGGUGCCAUGGACUUUAUAGAGGAUGGUGAGGGUGGAGGAGUAGCCAAUGUGACCCAGAAGAAACGUAGGGCUAAACGGUCAGGACAGCCAGCAGUAGCUCUGGAGGGUGUACAGAAUGAUGAGCUGAGAGCCCUGGAAGCUCACAUGCUAAGACUCUCACGCAUAGGUGAGACAAAACUACAUCCGAAUGCAUCUCACAAUGCUGAUGAGUUGACAGGUUCUGAAGAUCCAAACAUCCUUCAUGCCUUCAUAGCCAUACUACCAAGUAGACUUGCAUACAGAGAAGUGGUUAAGUUCCGUCGUCGGGCUCGUUACCUGGAGUUCUUUGUUCAGGUUGUACAGAAGGCACUGAGUGAAGGAUUGGUGGAUAUGGCCAUUGAAUGGUGUGAAGAGACCAUCACAUGGCUUGUUAGACGAAAUGACCAGCUAUCAGCAGUGAAGGCUACCCUCAACAAGGGACCAGGUGGAGCUAUCGUAUCAGGAGAUGAUCCUAAGAAGUAUGCUGCUGCUGUCCUGGAAUACUCCAAGACUGCCAGUACGAAGCAAGCUCAAGCCAAACAGCCUGAUACCAAGCCAGCCCGAAGACGAAGGAAGAAAGGUUUCCAGCUCUUGGUUCACAUGAGAUCCAACAUUCGUAUGUCUGACUCUGCCAAGCAGCAGCAAGAGGAUAAAGAACUCAUGGCAUUUGACACACUGGAAAGCACCUACCCAGAGUUCUACCGCACUGCUCGUAAGAAGAUGAGACUGAGGCGCAUCUCUAAUGAUGAAAUGCCUUGGAGAUCACAGAUGAAUAUCCUGCAAGGUUUGUGUCAUUUUGGUCAGUUUCUGGGCAAGGUUGAGAAGAGAAACAAACUUCUUGGGCCGACAGCUGGAGAUAUCUACAGAUCCUCCUACCUGGACAAUGAGUGGUUCACCUUUGAGACUGCCAGCACUCUUGUGGUAGGCUGGGAAGGGGGUGCCUCAAGGACGGCGACCCGGGAGGGGGAUGCAGUCUCUCAGAGUGACCCCAUCGUUCAACAGCUACGUCAGAUAGACGCGUACGACAUGAAUCCAUACCUCACCAACCAACCGUCGGGUAUUGAGGCUGCUGCUCUUGCUUCAGUUGGAGAGCCUGUGCCCGUCCUUCCAGGCCCUCCAGAUGACAAGGAAUCAGACACUAUGAAGACAUACCGAUCUACAGAGACUGGCAAGAGUGGUCCCAAUGCCAUUCAGCCAUCCGUAGACAUUAGUGGUUUCACUCUUGAGGCUACCAUCGAUAGUCUCACAAAAACAUUUGAACAUCUGAGGAAAGCUGUGAUACUAGCCCAUCGUGGUCACCACUGGUCCCUGCUCCAGAAUGCCUGUCGUAGCAUGUGGAACUGUGCCCAUACAGCUAUCCUCUACUGCUUCUCAGGUGGCCACUCUGCAGGACUGUUGACUGUAGAUGCCUUGAGAGGAGUGGUGUGGUUCCCUUUCUUCUUGGCUGUAGACUGUCUGCUUGACAUGCUGGUCCAUCUGCAGAAUGAGACGGAUAAGCAGAAUAAGAAGAAGGAAUCUCAGCCCGAUGUCCUUCUGAACACCUGGGUUGGUUCUGUAUCUGAUGAGAAAGGUGGUGCCAGUCUUAAGUUUGAAUCCCCUCUGGAUGAUGUGAGCAGUGUGGAUUCCCGCUGGAUCAGACGCAUGGUGCUACGGGUUAUGGAGAUGCUCUACUAUGAACAGAAGUGGGAGAGGCUGGCCGAUGUGGCGAUGAGAUUCAACGUCCUGACUCAGGAACGUUACUCUGAGGUAGUCAGCCCUCUCUUAGUCCAGGCCCAGCGCAAGCUAGUCUCCAGGGUCCUGGCCUACGGAGGAGAGUCUCCGGUCCAGGCUCACUUCAAGGCUGCUGCUGAGAAGCACGGUGUAGACAAGGUAACUGCUGAUAACUACAUGGACAUACAGCUGAAGGUCGCCUUUGAUGAGACAAUGAUGAAGCCUCUGGACAUGGGUGGUAGGAUCGACCCUGAGGGACACCAUGUCUAUGGAGGAGCAUCCGAUGCAUUUAAGGUGUCCAGUGUUCCUUUGGAUAUAGAUGACAGUCUUGAAGGAUUCCGCCAUGCUUUGGAGAAGUCUAACUACACUGCCAGAGCCCUGCAGCACAGCAGACGUCUCAUGGUCCUCUAUCUGGCUACUCAACAGAAUGCUCAACCAAGCAUGAGCCCAACGGCAGAGCAAAGCAGAGUGGGCUUCUCGGAGACCGAUGACAAGCCUCAGAUACCAGUACCCCCUGACCUCAUGAGGUCAGAGUUCAAGUCAAUGUCAGAGGUCGAGACUGCAGCCCUCCCUACCUCCCAACUUGCUGUGGUUGUGUCCUCCUAUGACAAGACAAUAGAAAUGUUGAUGGCCCGUAAGCAGUCAGGCUUAGCAGCUCAGGCCAUGCAUGAACUGGGAAACAUCCACUACCAUGCAUCCAAUAUCAAGGCUGCAUACAAGUGGUGGAGUGAAGCCUUAGAUCUGAUCUUAGGAACCAACGACACCUUAACCACAUGGAGGAGGUUACUGAGUGACCAACAAGCAGAGAAUGUUAGCAGUCAACUGCUUGACAGAUGUGGCAUGUGGGGAUGUCUCCUAGGGGCUAUGCUGGCCGCUAAGAUUGCUCAGUAUGUGUUAACCUCUGACCUUGGCAUGAAACUGGAAGCCUGCUUCUUGUCUGCGUUCCUCUUCAAGGCUCUGUUCCGUACGACCCUGCCCCACCCUACCGCAGACAGAGACUACGCCCUCUAUGAGAUCGGUGAAGGGUGUGAGGUGCAGUACCUGGUCCCAGGGGUGGAUCUCCUCUCGGACCGGUUCCGAUGUGAGGGCAGGAGCUUGAUAGCAACCCUGCGAUGGGUCGCGGAAGAAUUGUCAAGAGCCAAACACAAUCUCAUGGUACUUCCACUGCUGACCCUCUACCAGUACAUUGUGACCUUCUUGUGUCGUGACCUUCAGAGAGCUGUGGAUGGCAGAAUCCUGAAGUCGAGGAUCCUGACAGAUCUAGGUCUGUACAAAGAAGCCUACAUCGUCCUGGGACGGUUACUGCAUGGAGAGAGACUCCCACAGACGGCUGACAAGAACUUCAGACAAGUGGAAUCUAAGAUGCUGAUACAGAAAUUUGACACUGGAAAACCACUGACAGAGCCAGCAAAUCUAAAGAUGCUUGAGUACUUGAUGGAGAAGCGUGUUUCUCCAUCUCUGGCGAUUCUCUACGGCCCACACAUGACUUGCCACCUGUCCCUGGCUCAGACUCACCUCAUGGUGGCGCUAGCAUCGACUAUACAUGUCAUUCCAGAGAAGGAAACAGUCAGCCAAAGUCCUCCACAGCGUGCAUCUCCAGUCACAGUGAGCUCAGUCAAUAGACCUAGCAAGACCUCCAAGAAAGACUCUAAGAAUGGACAGAAGUUGAUCAAGGAUGAUGAUGAUAACUCCUUACACAGUGUUCCUCUGAGUGAGGUCACAGUGAAGAAGUUCUCCAGUGGAUCUAAUCUGCUCACUCUUGAGAAGAUCAAAGGUACUCUUCUAAGCACUGCUGAUCAGGUGUUGAAACUGAUGGUGGAGGUACUUCAAGAACACUCUCCGAAGAAUCUCUCAGCGUCUGAGCUAGAGUUGGUAGUCCUCACCAAACUAGAGCAAGCAGCCAUCUUGAGAGAGUAUCAUCUAUCCCAGUCUGGAGCUGCAGUUGUUAUCUCUGCUCUUCAUGACAUCCAGGCCAGUGAUCUCUUCAGGGAAACAAGGAAGUCCAUCUCUCGUCGCAGACCCUCAUCGAUGAAAGGCAGCCGCACAAAGCUCUCAUCCAACAUGUUUAAUACCAACAUAGAGAGCAGUGAGGAGGUCAUCGAUCAGCCGCAGUAUCAGUAUCAGAACUUCCAGAGUCGCUCCAGACUGGAUGCUCGUCUCUGGCUUGAUUGUCGUCUCUCUCUGGUCAAGUGCUUGAUGAUGCAGAUCAGAGGCAUGGGUGUUCUACCAGGUGCUGGUGGUGCUGGUGAGGUUGGUGAGUGUCGUCAGUACUGCAUGCAGGGUCUGACUGAAGCAGAAGCCUGUGGAGAUGUUGAGAUGCAAGCUGAGUUCCUCAUGCAGGGUGCCUUGCUGGAUAUGCAUGAUGGUAGAGCCUUGGAUGAUGUGCAACACACCCUCAAGGAAGUAAUCACCCUGCUUAGUAGUCAGCAGACCCUGUCUCCUCCUGCCAGUCUGUUGGUCAUCUUAGCUAAGGUCCAGUUGGCUGACCUAGAGGCCUUGACCGCUACGGCCUACCAGCAGAAGCAUGGCUGCCCAAUCACAAAGCAUCUCCUCAAGGCUUACCACGAGACACAGGAUAUGUUGCUGCAGCAGAUCAAGUUGCUUGGUGACUCCACAUCCCGGCACACCAUCCACCCUGAACUGUCUGCCCCUACCAGCCCACUUCAGAACUUAUACCUUCCACACCUGCUGUACUUGGCCAAGAUCAAGCUGCGUUUAGGACACGCCUUGGCUAGACAAGCCACUACAGCUCAGGAGGUCAAGUCAAAGAAGAAUACAGAGAAGGUGGAUCCUCUGAAGGCCUGGGCCAUCAGUGCGGGUGUCCUGGGUACAGCCUUAGAGCUCUGCAGGGUAUGUGUGAUCAAGGAUGCUGCAGUCCUGGCUGAAGUGUUUCUACAGCUAGGCAAGGUUCAGAGUCAGCUACACCAGAGAGGUGGUCCACGGGCCUGUGAGGCUAGGGUGGUUGGUAACACACUGAUGGAGGCUAUCGUUACCAGCAUGGGGGCCAAUCAAGACCUAGGGUUGAUCCGACAAGCAUACCUUGAGAUGGCAGUGGUAUACUUUAGCAGUAGUCAACAGCCAGAGCCACCAAUGCCCCCACCAGACACCACUACAGAGAAGAAUGUUAAUCCCUCUAAACCAUUAUCCAGCACUAAGAAGAAAGUCAGAACUCCAUCAGCAAAAAAGUCCUCCCACAUCACAUCAGCCUCCAACAAGGCUACAACGAAGAAAGAGGAGGAACGACAUAACUUCAUCAAGGAUAGACAGAACGAGAGACAAGCUGCCUGGACUGCCAUGCGUUGUGCCACAGCUAUCGCCCUUGCUCAGCGAACCCAGACGCUGCUGAUUGGUGACCCCAGUGUGACUUCUCUGACCCUGACAGAGAAGGUCAAAGAUCAACUAUCGGCUCCUAUUCAACAGGAUCUGUUUGGUGAUAUGAAUGGUGACAUGGUAGUGCUAACUCCCCCUCCCACAGCUCUGACAAGCAACCAGCCACUGGAGCCGGUGGAAGAGACUCUAAGCAGGGACAGACACAGCGUCACAAUCCUCAGUAACCUUGACAACGGCAUGGGCAAGGAGGUGCGGGUCUCCCUGACCUGGAUCCAUCUCCUGGCGUAUACCUCCAUCCUGCAGAGGAUGUGUAACCUGGAUACCCUGGCACUGGGAGACAAUGGCACUUCAUCACCGAUUAAUGGAGGCAACCUCGGAGGAAACUUUGACCUUGGUUUUGUGGACCACAGCGGACAGGACACGGGCGUUAACCAUGAGAUAAUACGUACCCCACUCCUGAACAGCCACGCCUCACUGCGCCUACAGACCAUGGUCAGCUUCCUCACCAACAACCUCCCCAUCUUUGCUUCCUCCUGUCUGGCCAUCACACCUCCCAGCAUCCUCCAUCUCCCCUCUCCCUCCUCAUCCGAUCCAGUCUCUGAGGAUGCCCCCUUAGUCAUACCCACGGUCACCUACCCAGCCAACAGCUACACAGUACCUCUCAUCUGCGAGCCUACAGGGCAGGCAGCUCAGGGGCGUAGCCUGGAGAAGCUGGUGACGGGGGGUGAUGAGACGGAGCUCUGUUUCCAAUGGUAUCAGCCAAGCUAUGAUGACAUCACUGUGGGAGAAGGAGGUGGUAGUGGCGAGAAGGGACGUGGCGUCUAUCUGCUUUAUGCACUGUGUCAGCUUCCUGCAAAAGGAUCCGCUAAGACUAAGAAAAGUCCUUCCCCUCCACCGACUUUGGGUAAGGUAACCUUGUCCCUCUCUCAGCUGACUGACCUCCAUGACAAGCUAGCUGUGGUUCGUCAACGAGCCGAGAUCUCCCUCUCCGAGCAGCCCAAGCCCCCUAGCACCCCAGCUGCUAGCUCUCAUGGGGGCACCAACACACCCACCUCGGCUGGUAGCUCCUCCGGUAGCAAACCCACCAGCAGGAAGUCUAAGCGCACCCAUCGCAUCGCCCAGCUCUCAGCCAAGGUUAAGAAAGAUGAAGACCUAGAGGCUUUGUUGAAGCAGUGUGCCCUGAUCGUAGAGCAACUACUGGAAGGAAAAGAAGAUUUUGAACCUAAGCCUGGAUACAAUAUCCCAUUUGAUGUGAAACUAGCCAGCAUUCACUGUCUUGAGCAGCUGUUUGAUCCUAGCUACGGUGACUGUAUGAGUGAUACUAAGAUUCUAACCUGGAUGCUCUCAUUCCUACAGCCAGCUCCAACUAAUCCAGAGGAAGGUUAAUGCUUAUACACUCCUUUGACAGUAAAGCCUAUUCAGUCAAACCUGCUUUAGUGACCACCUGUCUACGAAGGCCACAUUCGUUGUUUCCCUUGAAAAUGGUUUCUCA